AGUUGUCUCGUUACGCUGCCCUGAAAGGUACCAACCUCUGUAGUCCCUGCAAAAAAUAUACAAACUGCUAGAAAUAAAGAUUCAAAUAAUGCUGCCUUCCAUGAUGAAGCAUGAGUGGAACCUAUGCCCAAGCAUCUUUUUUUCCUUAUUCCACAUUUGCUUAUCAGCUCAUACCAAUUAUGGCCCCUAUUUUUUUGAUAAUGGACCCGGAAGCACUGAUGGAAACAUGGCCCUACUUAGUUUGUCUGAAGACACACCCAUUGGUUCGUACAUCUAUACUUUAAAUGGAAGCGACCCCGAUGGAGAUCCUGUGACAUUUGGGCUCACAUUUGAACCUGGUUCCAAACAUUAUUUUGCUGUUGAUCCGGACAAUGGAAAUGUCACAUUAAUUGAGGAACUUGACAGAGAGAAACAAGAUGAGGUUGAAGUCAUUGUCAGCAUUUCAGAUGGGAUAAAUAAAGUUUCUGAAAAAGUCAGAGUUCUGGUAACUGAUGCCAAUGAUGAAAGCCCAGAGUUCCUCAAUACGCCAUAUAUUGUGACUGUACCUGAGGACACUCCUCCCGGAAGCAGCAUUUUCAAGAUAGAAGCAGUAGACAAAGAUACAGGGUCUGGAGGAAGUAUCACCUAUAUAAUACAGGAAAUGCAUAGCAGCAAAUUUACAAUUGAUCGUCACAGUGGAGUUUUGAGAUUAAAAGCGGGCAUGUCAUUAGACUUCGAAAAGUCAAGAACUCAUUUUGUGUCAGUAUUAGCAAAGGAUGGUGGUGGGAAGCUUCGAGGAAAGAACCAGGUUUUCACAUCAACCACUACAGUAACUAUUAAUGUUGAAGAUGUGCAGGAUUCGCCUCCAGUGUUUGUAGGAACACCAUAUUACGGCUAUGUUUAUGAAGACACCACAAUGGGAUCUGAAGUACUUACUGUCAUGGCAUAUGAUGGAGACAGAGGGAACCCUAAUACUAUAAACUAUUCCAUAGUAGAUGGAAGUGAUGAAGCUUUUACAAUCAAUAAUGCCACUGGAGGAAUUACAGUUAUAAAAAACCCAAAUGAACUUAAAAAAGAAGUAUAUGAGCUUAAAAUUCAGGUAUCAGAAAUUACACCUGAAGGGGAUAUAGUAGCUCAUGCCUUCACUGUUGCAACUGUAAGAGUUGUUGAUCUCAAUAACCACCCUCCAACAUUCUAUGGGGAAAAUGGUCCCCAGAACAGAUUCGAACUUACAAUGUAUGAACAUCCACCAGAAGGAGAGAUACUAAGGGGUCUAAAAAUCACUGUCAAUGAUUCUGAUCAGGGAGCAAAUGCUAAAUUUAAUCUGCGCUUGGUUGGACCUGGUGGCAUAUUCCGUGUUGUUCCACAAACUGUUUUGAAUGAAGCCCAAGUUACAAUUAUUGUGGAAAAUUCUGCAGGAAUAGAUUAUGAAAAGUUUCACCUGCUUACAUUUAAGCUUCUUGCUAUUGAGGUGAACACCCCUGAAAAAUUUAGCUCAACAGCUGAUAUAACCAUCCAUCUUCUGGACAUCAAUGACAAUGUCCCUAGGUUCUCUUCAGAGUAUUAUAUUGCCAGGAUCCCAGAGAAUUCUCCAGGGGGCUCCAAUGUUGUGGCUGCAACUGCCACGGACCUGGAUUCAGGACUUUGGGGUGAAAUCAAGUAUUCAAUUUAUGGCCCAGGAUCUGACCCUUUCCUUAUCCAUCCUUCAACUGGAAUCAUCUAUACCCAACCUUGGGCUUCUUUAGAUGCAGAAGUCACCUCCAAGUACAACUUUUAUGUAAAAGCUGAAGAUACGGAAGGGAAGUACAGCUUAGCUGAGGUGUUUGUGACGGUCUUGGAUAUCAAUGAUCACAGUCCAGAGUUCAGUGAGAAUAUUCAAGAAAAGACCUUGAUUAUUGGCACUCCAGUUAAAAUAGAGGCAACAGACCAUGAUGCAGAAGAACCAAACAACAUUGUUGAUUAUUCCAUCAUGCAAGCAGAUCCAUCUAAUGUUUUUGAUAUUGACCAAAGUACUGGAGAGAUUAAGCUAAAGUCUUACAUAAGGUCCCUAGAUAUUAUUCAGAAUAUAACACAAAAUAAAGACUGCAAGUGGUCAGUAGUGGUUCAAGCAAAAGACAGAGGCUCUCCAUCCUUCAGCACAACUGCAGUAGUCAAGAUUGAUGUUACAGAGGAGACACUUCUUCACAAAGGCCCUAUGGCUGCCUUUUUGAUGCAAAGCAAAGAUAAUCCAAUGAAAGCCCUAGGAGUUCUAGCUGGUGUUAUGGCAAUUAUGGUGGUCAUUACAAUCUUCAUCUCCACUGCCAUGUUCUGGCGCAAUAAAAAGUCAAAUAGAGUAAUGCCUCUGAGAAGAAUAAUCAAAAGACGAAGAAAUGAACACCCUCCAAGAACAGCCAGGACUGAGUGGUUGAAGUUCAAAAAAUCCAACAAUUCUGCAGAUAAAUUUACCAUCCAGGAAAUGGAAUCAGGCCUUAAGAAUGAAAAUAGAAACAACAAUUACCAAGGUAUCCCUGUUCCACCAAGGGUACCUUGCCCACCUCCACCCCCACGCCUAAUGCCAAAGGUCAGUAAACCGGAAUGGAGCCUGCCUACAGUUUCUGGGUCCUUGACUCCCAAGAUCAUAGAUCAGAAGAUGAAGGAGAAAGUCCCCAGUGCCAGUGCUGCUCUUGUCUCUGAACUGAAACUAAUGUUGGAGAAGAAAAAUGCAGGAAGCUCAAUGUCUUUUUAUUAGUAUUCCUAAGGUAAAGUGGAUAGAAUAGUUUUCAAAUGAAAUAUACUUUAUAAUUUCAUCAUGUAAUGCAGCUGAUUCAGCUAUGCUUUGGUUUUAGAACUGACAGUAGAAACCUCAUAGCUAGUAGCUUGUAGGCCUUGGUUUUAUUCAUUAUUAGCAUAUUCCAAAGGGGGCCCACAAAUGAAUCAAAGAACAAAUUAGUUCACUUUUUCUUGUAAUCAUCUGCAACCUUCAACAUAGCUACUCAUUAAAUGCAGUAUUACACAAAAAUGUUUGUAUGUGUAUUGGAGCUCAUUUAUGAACUAACCACUAGGGCUACUUGCAUUGUGGAGUAAAAGUAUUAGUUUUGAUUACAAUAUUGAUAAUCGACAUGCCAGCGAAACACAACAAGGGUUUAUUUAAAUGUCUUUUAAAAUAAUUUUAAAGGCAAAAAGAGCAAUGCUUGUAGACUUAAAGAGCUGUAAUGCUUUGCAUCAUUAGAAAAUAUCUGCCAGUAAUAAUUAUACCUUUUCAUUAAUGUAAUAUAACCUUUGCAAACCCAGAAUGUAUAGCAACCCCAUGUAGCAGUGAAAGAAACAUUUUAAAUGUAAUAGUUUGCACCAGUGCACAGUUUGUGUAAUAAAACAUCUAACUGAAAAAGUUGUUAUAUUUACUUUACCAUCUUUAUGAAAAUUACAUGGUGAAUUUUUGUUCUUUUUUUUUCAUUUACAACUUUUAACACAUUUUGCCUUAGACCUUGGACUUCUUGGCAAGGCAACUUUUGCAUUUUGACAUUUGGUCACACACUCCUUACUUUAUAAUUACUACGCAAAUACUUGAAAACACUGUUUUUGCCCCAAGAGUAUCCAAGACAAUAAACAAGCAUUCUAAAUGUUAAUAUUGUUGGCAUUCAGCUGUGCCAACAUAUACCUACAGUUUAAAGACAUGUAGCACAAGGUAUGGCCCAAGUUUGCAUGUGGUUUCUUCAUGUGAAUAGCAUGCUUUGUGCAAACCGGGUUUUAUUUCCCCGACAAAAAAAUAAAAAGCUCAGCGCCAACCUGUCGAGCCUUUUAUUUCUUUGUCAGGAAAAAUAAAAACCCGAUUUGCACUGAAGGCUCGAGCAUUCUUAAAAUUGCCUCAUUGUUUAAAUGAGUCUUCUAAAAACCCAUUUAAACAAUAAAUAAACCCAACAGGAUUAUUUGGCCUUCAAUAAGGAUUACUUGUAUCGUAGCUGGGAUCAAGU